AUGGGGCAGUUGCUUCCAUUUACGAAAACUCAGUACACCGAGACGCUGCGUGGGUACCUGAGUCCGUCGCGCGAGGGGUGCGUCGGACCCGUUCGACUUGCAAGCGCUGGGAAGAAUUACACGUCGAGCAUCUCCACCUCAACGGUCCACCCGACGUGUGUCUGGAACGAACUCACGCAAUUGGACCGACGCCAACGUCCGCAACUUCAGCGCCAGCACGCAGCAUUGGCGGUACGCCACCGUGUACGCGUGGAUACGGUGCUGCGCAACGUCGUGUGGAAGGACUACAUGGUCAAGGCGAGCAGCCUCCACUCUGAGUUUUUGACGUGGCGGUUCAAAUGGGGCUGGAGGAGGAGCCAGUGCCGUGCCCGAGGCACACGCGCAAGCCAUGCGCAUGAUGGAGGCGCGCGCGCAACAAGCCAGCCAGCGGAAGAGAAGGCGUCCAUGCUGUCUGUCAUGUACGAGCAGAUGAAGGACGAACGCAACGCUGGCGUCCAUCGGUUCUGCAACUGGGUCGCGGGCCAAGUGACCGUCGUUGGUUUUGACAACUUGUUCCCAUUGGUUGAGGCGUGGGGUUACGAAUGCGGUUGGCACCAGACAGCCGACGGAAAGACAGCGAUCACGAAGCUACUCGACGAGUUCAAGGCCUCGAGUGGUGUGAUGGUCGUUCCCGUUCCGGCCGCAGCAACAACCCCCUUGCCGCUGCCGCAUACAAGUGUCGCUGAAGUCGGAGGCGACAAAGUUAACGAUGGUUGCAAUGGCGCCACGGCUUUAUCGUUGGAACGUGCCCCGGGACCGAUCAACCACCGAAUGGCAAACCUUCUGGCACGCCCCACCCUGGUUCGCACCCAUUCAGACGGGAAGGCCAAGCGAAAGACCCCCGAUACACCCGAAUCGGAGAAGCAAUCGCUAAGACCGAGAUCCAUCGACGUGUUAAUCGGCGCGGCGGACGCUUCAAGUUCCCCAACGUCGGGUUCCCCGUUCAUCGAAACUUCGGACGCCGCGAUAAGUGCGUCGAAUCCGGCAAGAUCUCCCGGCAGAGGCGUGUGCUCACUCCAAAUAACCCAGCUCCUGGACAGAAUUCGAGGAACCAAACCAUUGGUUCAGUACGAGAGCGUUGCCUCGUUCGUACACGAAGCACAUGCCCCGCCUGGCGUCGCUGCCGCCAUUCAAGAAUUCAACAAACGGCUCCGCGAAUUCUGUACGGCGGCGACAGGCUCAUUGAGUUUCUCUGUGCGGCGCCGCAUCCAGCGUGGCCUUCUGUGA